AUGGGAAAAAUUCGACGGAAGAACUUGAAAUCUGACGAGUCUUUGACAUGCCAAGUUCCAUCACAUGCGGUUAUCAAAAACGAAGCAUCCGGUUGGGAUUUCGGAGGUGAUGAUGCCGAGGUGCCAAUCACCCUUGUCAGAGAUGAUGGAGUUAUUUACUCGACCCCGAUGAUGUUCUCCUACAAGACGCUCAAGGUGCAACAACGGCAGCCGCGCUAUGGCGAAUCAUUCAACUGA